AUGGACAAACCCUGGGGCAUCAACUGUACUAAGAUCAACUCGCAAAAAGCUCAUGUGGCCGGCAGGAUCAUGAUUGGCACUCAGAAAUUUCACAAGUGGAAUAAAAAGACCAAUGCUGAUAUUUUCACUCAGGUCUUGGAGAAUCAAGUUGUCGUCAUGAUCGUAGCAAUACUAUCCCUGACGAGGAGGAAAAAGACCAUCAUCAAAUCACUUGCCGAAAGUCGAGUCUGCGAAACAACCGAGGAGCAUUUCGAUGAUGUUGUUCAAGGAAAAGGACAAGAUGUCAUCAUCACACUUUUGCAGCAAAAAUUCGGCCAGGGUUUAGAAAACUAUUUUUUCUAA